AUGUCCUACUACUUCACCAUCCUCUCCCCCACCGACGUGCCCCUGUUCAGCGUCACCUUCGGCACCUCUAAAGCCGGCGGCGAUGGCGUUGCGCGGUUUCGAUUCCCCGAGUCGGCGCAGUACAUGAACCAAUUCAUCGUCCAUGCGAGUCUGGAUAUUGUCGAGGAGGUGCAGUGGACGAAUGGUGCUUUGUAUGUCGACGACACCCUCCAAGGGUUUUUCAAAAUGCAUAUAUACCUCAAACACAUCGACACCUACCCGCCUACAGCCGCACACAUCUCCGCGUUCCUGACCCCUUCAGGCGCUCGCUUCCUCCUCCUGCACCAACCGCCGCAACUCCCUUCUUCCUCCUCAUCAACAACUGGCACAGGCGGCAGCGGCAGCGGCGGCGGUGGCAUCGGCGGCGGUGGAGGCUUGAUGAGCUCCUCAUUCACAUCGUCCGCCUCGUCGUCCGUCUUCGGGGGAGGCCUGACGGGCGCCUCCUCGCGCGCGUCCUCCAGUUCCAUAGCCGCAAACCCCACCUCGCCGCAGACAGAGGAGGCUAUCCGGCAGUUCAUGAACGAGGUCUACGAGAACUGGGUCAAGACUGUCAUGAACCCGUUUUACCGCCAGGGCAUGGAGAUUCGGAGUCCUGUGUUUCGGUCGCGGGUCCUCGCUGCGGGGAGGAAGUGGCUGUAA